AUUCCGAGGUUUUUAGGGUUUUGUUUUUGUUUUGAUUGGUUUUUGUAAUUUUGCAUUUGCUGUAGUUUUUAAGAAAUGUUUCUUCUUAUCAAUGUUCGACUCAGUCAGUUGUCUAUUUUGACUAGGGUUUAGUGAUUCCAAGGUCAGUAUGAAUAUUAGCUACCUAUUGUGAUUUACGUGAUUCAGAUUUGGGUUUCAUUGAGGUUUCUAGGGGUUAGUUAGUAUUGUUAUGUCGUGUUGUUGAAUACAAUGUUCACUAGAAUGGUAAACUAAGUUAUGUUUAAGUACUCUCAUUUGCCACACUUGUUGUAUGCUAUGGAAAGAUGUAUCCAAUUCGAUUCGAACAGUUUUCUGAUGUUAUGGGUAUGAUAUGUGCUUUAAUUUGAUGUUUAAAUCUGUUUGUGAUGUUGAAACAUUAUGUAAGUCUGCUUUUGAUAUGGAUUUCGUAUGAGCUUCAUAAAAUGAAAAGCAAAGUUUCCCGUGCUUCCUGUGAAGGUGGAUUUGAAGUGGGGAGUGGUUUAAACAUUUCAUCUCAGUUCAAGAAAAGGAAGGUUUCUGCAAAAAUGGACUCUCGUUCGAGUGACAUGGAAGAGUUUUUACCUGUUUUGCGUUUGUCUGAUUAUUUUAUGGAACCUUCAGUAGAAGUUUUAGCUGAGAAGGAGGGUGCUGAUCCUGGGUAUUGUAGCCGAGUUCAAAAUUUCACGGUUGGAAGGUUUGGUUAUGGAUUUGUUAAGUUUCUUGGGGAAACUGAUGUUAGAUGGUUGAAUCUGGAUCAGAUUGUCAAGUUUGAUAGGCACAAUAUUGUGGUAUAUGAAGAUGAAAUGGAUAAGCCUGAAGUUGGAGAGGCUCUUAAUAAGCCUGCUGAAGUGGUUUUGUUUCUUCAGUUAAGAUCACACGCUUUAGAAGCGGAUAAUCUAGACAAUAUUGUCAAGAAAUUGAAGAGCAGUACUGAAAGGCAGGGAGCAUGUUUCGUUUCAUUUGACUCGACUAAGGUUGAAUGGAAAUUUAUUGUUCCUCACUUCAGCAGAUUUGGAUUAUCUGAUGACGAUAAAGAGGAUAUUAUCAUGGAUGAUACUAAUGCAGUUCAACAUGCUGGCCAAAUGGAUGAUGAUGAUGAGUUAACAGAAGACGAUGAGGAUCUGCCGAUUGGUCCCACUGGAAGUGUUUUGUCACAUUCUCUUCCUGCGCACCUAGGGCUUGAUCCAAUCAAAAUGCAAGAAAUGAAGAUGGUGAUGUUUCCUAUGGAGGAAGAGGAUGUGGAAGAUUUUGAUGAGCCAUUUUCGCACGAGAAGCAGUCUUUUGUUAAAGAGCAUGUACAACCCACAGUACAGUAUUCUAUGAGAAAGAUGAGUCAGAGGAUUAGUCCUCUCACUGUCCGGAGAACCCCACAGGCUUUGCUUGAGUACCGUAAAAAUGGUACUGAGUCAGUCCCUCCUGGAACCAUUCUCAUGACCUCCCAAAACAAAGGCAUGCCACUUAGGACAGCAAAAGUGGAUGGCUUCAAACUUGAUCUAAAAUAUGAAACUCCUAUAACAAAAAGCCAGUCCAGCAACGUUGUUGAUGCUGCAUUGUUUAUGGGAAGAUCAUUCAGGGUCGGAUGGGGUCCAAAUGGUGUCCUUCUUCACACAGGUAAUCCUGUAGGUAAAGCUGAUGCAGGUAAGGGAUUAUCUUCUGUAAUUCAUGUAGAAGAGGUUGCUGUUGACAAAGUGGUCAGGGAUGAAAGUAAUAAAGUGAAAAAGGAGCUUAUUGAUUUCUGUUUCACUUCUCCUUUGAAUCUUCACAAGUCGAUUGAUCAUGAAACAACCGAAGUUGAAGUGGGUUCUUCUAAAAUUAAGCUUCGGAAAAUUGUGUCGAAUAGAGUAGUGCUUCAAGAGAUUUGUCGGGGUCAUAUUGGUAUUGUCGAGAAGCAGCUUGAUGUUCCUGGAUUAUCUUCUUCUGCCCGUACUGUUCUAAUGCACCAAGUUACAAUCUGGGAAUUGAUAAAGGUUCUCUUUUCAGCCAGGGAAACAAGUGGAUGUUUGAAGCCCAUAGAUGUGGAUGAUGAAGAAGACAUGAUGCAUGACAAGGAUGGUUCUCUAGAUAUCGAUCUAGAAGCGCUCCCUUAUGUGCGGAGGGCAGAGUUCAGUUACUGGUUGCAAGAGAGUGUUUCUCACCGCGUGCAAGAUGAAAUUAGUUACUUGAAUGACUCAAAUUAUCUACAGCAAAUAUUGUUACACCUGACUGGCAAACAGCUGGGUGAAGCAAUGGAGUUGGCUGCUUCUAGAGGUGAUGUCAGACUGAGUUGCUUAUUGAGUCAGGCUGGUGGAUCAAUGGUGAAUCGGGGUGAUGUUGCUCAACAGCUUGACCACUGGAGAAUCAAUGGGCUGGACUUCAGUUUCAUUGAGAAGAAUAGGUUGCAAUUAUAUGAGUUACUUGCUGGUAAUAUUCAAGGUGCUUUGGAUAUUUCGAAACUUGACUGGAAAAGAUUUCUAGGGUCAUUGAUGUGGUAUCAACUACCACCAGAUACUUCACUGCCUAACAUUGUGGAUACAUAUGAACAACUUUUGUAUGAAGAUAGGGCACCAUAUCCAGUUCCUAUAUACAUUGAUGAGGGGACACUUGAAGACGCUGCAAGAUGGAAUGUGGGAGAUCGUUAUGACCUAGCUUAUUAUCUUAUGCUCCUGCAUGCUAAUAAAAAAAAGGAUUUUGGGCUUCUGAAGACUAUGUUCAGUGCUUUCUCUUCAACCUAUGAUGCUCUUGACUACCAUAUGAUCUGGCAUCAACGUGCCAUUUUGGAGGCUGUAGGAGCUUUCAGCUCAAAUGACCUCCAUGUUCUUGAUAUGAGUCUUGUCUCUCAGCUGCUCUGUCUAGGGCAGUAUCACUGGGCUAUCUAUGUUGUUCUUCACAUGCCUUACCAUGAAGAUUACCCAUAUCUUCAGGCUAAUGUUAUUAGCGAAAUCUUGUUCCGUUAUUGUGAAUUCUGGAGUGCGCAAGAAACGCAGAAAAAAUUCAUUGAAGAGUUGGGCAUUCCGAAAGCAUGGUGUCACGAGGCUUUGGCUGUAUAUUUCCACUAUCAUGGAGAUCUUUCAGAAGCACUUGAAAAUUAUCUAGAGUGUUCUAAUUGGCCAAAAGCUCACUCGAUUUUCAUGACUUCAGUUGCACAUUCACUUUUCUUGUCAGCGAAACACGAUGAGGUUUGGAGGCUUGCGAUAUCCAUGGAAGGUCACAAGUCAGAAAUUGCAGAUUGGGAUUUGGGUGCUGGAAUCUAUAUUUCGUUUUACUCACUUAAAAGUUCUCUACAAGAGGAUGCCAUGGGUGAAGUGGAUUCCAUGGAAACAAAAAAUAGAGACUGCAGAGACUUUUUUGGACGAUUAAAAGAGUCGAUGGCUAUUUGGGGAAACAAAUUAGCAGUUGAUGCCAGAGCAACAUAUUCAAAGAUGGCAGAAAAAAUCUGCAAUUUACUUCUAUCGAGCGGAGAAGAAUGCCCCAUACGUGAAGUUCAGUUGAAUUCCUUCGAUACCAUUGUUAAAGCUCCGCUUCCCGAAGAUCUUCGAUCGUGGCAUUUACAGGAGGCAGUUGCGCUUUUCACGGAUUAUCUUUCAGAGGCAUCAUAGGUCUCUGUUGCCGUUAGAUAUGUGAGUUAUAAAAGAACUGUGUAUUACAUUUAGUAUGUAUCAAGCUGGGAUGGAAUCCGCCAAAAAAAGAAGAAAAGAAAAGUUCCUCUGAAAUGCUCAUCCAGAAUUAUCACUAAGGGGCUUCUCUACUCUGCUCCGCCCCUCUCUGGUCCAUAACAUGUAUUUACUCUGAGCUGCGUCAUCAGCAAAAUAUGGGCACCAAGGAGCAAGUGGAGGUUUUGAGUGUUGUUUUAAACUAGAGUUUAUGAUGAACACUGUGGAAGGUAAACUGUUCCAACAAUUGAAGUUGAGGUGCAUUAGUGAGCUAGGUAAAUUUUAUGAUUAGCAUUCAUAUAUGCAUAAACUUUGUAAUAUUGGUUUGUAGCAAUUUUGUGAAAAGUCACCCGAGAAAUACAAAAGAAAUCCCUGGUGCAGAAGGGAAAUUUGGUGUUUAUAUUGUGACAGAACCUUCAAAUUUUGUCACCAGUAGGAAGACAACCUUGUGUACAUUUCCGUAGGAAGUGCAUGCAUAGUGAAGGAGUUUUGUAUUCCAGGAAAGCUUUAUGAAAAAUGGGAUUUUGAUUACCA